AUGACCAGCCUGACCCCGGCAGGUCUCCAUUCAGAAGCCAUCGAACCAAAGAAAACUGAUGAUCCAAGAUACUCGAUCAACAGACUCUACGCAUUUGGCUCCAACGGAUCGGGCCAACUCGGUAUAGGCAGUACAUCCGAUGCCGCAACACCGCAUCCAGUCAACGGUUCUCCAGGAGUGUCAGCAGCCCCAGUCAAGCACGUCGCAUGCGGUGGCAACCACACAGUCAUCCUCUUCACGAACCGCAACUUCGCAGCAGCUGGCCACAAUAGCGAUGGGCGAUGUCCAACGACGGGGAAGACCAGAUCGGCGUCUCUCACAAACGUUCAGGUGCCACCUGACACGAUCGACAGUGACUGUGCGGAGGUCAUGAUCACGGCUACUUGGUCUGCUACUCUGCUUAUAUGUAAAAGCGGCAUGCUCAUGGCUUGCGGCACUGGCAAUUCAGGUGAACUGGGACUCGGACCAGAUGUCACGACUGCGAAGCAUCCAACGCCUGUCGAGGGAUUUCCACCGAGAAACACCAGCAUCGUCAAGCUUGCUUCAUGCAUGGGGCACGCAGUCGCAGUCCUGUCAACUGGUGAAGUCUACGGCUGGGGCAAAGGUCGCAAAGGACAGCUUGGAGAACCUGCUGAGAACAGCUGGACGCCGCGAAAGAUCGAGGGCAUUCCUUUCUGUGCUGUAAGUGCUAUCUGUGGGAAGGACUUUACAUGCAUCUUCGGCGAACCGUCCAAGGGUGAGCUAUUUCUGCUGGGUCCAAAUGGAAACGAUCGUUUCGGCGUCAAAGCGGACGCUCCCAAAGCAGUACCGGGAUGGAAGCAAGUCGCAGCAUCUUGGGGCAGCAUUUACGUGCUCUUCGAAUCUGGCAAGCUCAUAGGAUGGGGCAGGAAUGACCACGGACAACUUCCUCCUCCUGGAAUGCCUCACCUUGAGUCAUUUGCUGCUGGUAGCGAACACUGCCUUGGUCUCACAUCUUCUGGUAAAGUCUUAGCCUGGGGUUGGGGAGAGCACGGAAAUUGUGGGCAACGUACCGCUGAGAAUGGCGACGUGAAAGACCGAUGGAACUGCAUCGAGUUGCUUCGUGCAGCAUCUGCCGUAUUCGCCGGUUGCGCGACCAGCUUCGUCGUCACGAACGACAGGCGUAUAUACGAGGAUGACAGCCCCAAAGCCCACAGCAUCAUGAACACCUAG